UAUACCGAUCGAUCAUAACUGUGGUUGCACACUCGUUUAAUUGCUUGCUCUAGCCAUCCUUAAGAUCGGCUAAUCGUUCGAUCAAUUUGUCAUCAAAGAGCAAUGCAUUCGUCAUACGCUAUACCACAGACAAGGUAAGCAAUAAAAUAAUCAAGUAUAAAAACAAAUCAUUUGCUGUUUUGUAACUAUAAACGUAUAUAUAUGUAUAUACAUAUAAAAUGCGAGACAGUGGGGAAUUUAGACUCGUAACUCGUCGAAAGAAACGUGUAUCUCGUGUUCGAAAUAUAUGUCAUACGAGCACAAUUUUAACCACUAACGAUGACGAUGAUGGAAAUCUGAACAUUAAUUACGAAACACUGUUUGGAAAGCUACUAGAGGCCGAAGUUGAAGUAACAAGCAAGAUGAAAUCUAAUAUCAAGUUGCUUCACACACUUAUACAAGAAAUUCGACGAACAUCAUCUCAACAAAAAUCAGAAAAUAAUAUUAUGACGCAAUACAUUUUGGAGCAAGCACGAUCCCAUCGAGAAACGUCUGAAGUUUUGUGCAAAGCACGAGAAGAGCUAAAAAAUUUAGCAGAAACAUAUCUUUGUUAUCUAAACUCUCAACGAGUAUGUAAAGAAAUUCAAAUCCGAUAUGCUGGUAAAGGAGAACGAAGUAUCAAAGAAACCGCAGAUCUCGUCGGAUUUAAAUUACCUCAUGAUCCGAAAUGAAUUCAAUGGGAGUUAGUUUUAAUUAAAAUAAUAUAAAUUUAUCAAUAAAAUAUUUAUUAUCAUUAAUGGAAUAUAAAAGAACAUAAUUGUAAAAAAUAUCUAUUAUAAUUAUAAAAAAUACAGUAUAAAAUUUUGAUUUAAA